GUAAGGAACUCUAUGAGGACCAUCUAGUGGCUAUUACAAAACAAAAAUCGUGUUCCACAGUGUAAUACAUAUAUUUUUAAAUGGCGCUGCAAUCAGUGAUAUGAUAUUUUGGCGCAAAGUUAACACUUGCUUUGAAUCUACAAUUUUUAUUUUAUUGAGCAAAACAUCGUUCGUUUAUAAUAACAAAUAUUUUAUCAGAAAAUGACAGCAACAGCUACUACAGCCACACUUCACGAAGGUGAAGAAGAAUUAGAGGACUAUAAUGCACAGGCGAAAUUAAUAAAAGCUAUCGAGAGAAAUGGCAUAACAGCAGGGGAUAUUAAAAAACUGGAGGAAGCAGGUUUCUAUACUGUAGAAGCUGUAGCAUAUGCUCCUAAAAAGCAACUAAUUGCCAUAAAGGGUAUUAGUGAAGCCAAAGCAGAUAAGAUAUUGCAAGAAGCCUCAAAAUUGGUUGUGAUGGGGUUUAAAAGUGCCACCGAAAUCCAUCAAACUCGAUCAAAUAUUGUAUUUGUAACAACAGGUUCCAGUGAAUUAGAUAGGUUGUUGGGCGGUGGUAUAGAGACUGGUUCCAUUACAGAAAUUUUUGGAGAAUUUAGGUCAGGGAAAACUCAAUUAUGUCAUACACUUGCAGUUAAUUGUCAAUUACCUAUAGAUAUGGGUGGUGCAGAAGGAAAAUGUCUUUAUAUUGAUACAGAAGGAACUUUCAGACCUGAAAGAUUAAUUGCUGUUGCAGAAAGAUAUAAAAUCGCAGGCGAUUCUGUUUUAGAUAAUGUAGCAUGUGCCAGAGCUUAUAAUACAGAUCAUCAGACACAGUUAUUAAUUCAAGCUAGUGCUAUGAUGAUAGAAUCUAGAUAUGCAUUAUUAAUAGUAGACAGUGCAACUGGUCUUUAUCGAACAGAUUAUUCUGGAAGAGGAGAAUUAAGUGCUAGACAACUCCAUUUAGCAAGGUUUCUUAGAAUGUUAUUACGUAUAGCUGAUGAACAUGGUGUUGCUGUUGUUAUAACCAAUCAAGUUAUGGCCCAAGUUGACGGUGCAGCAAGUAUGUUUGGUGGAGAUCAAAAAAAACCAAUUGGUGGUCACAUUUUAGCACAUGCAAGCACUACCAGGCUAUAUUUACGUAAAGGAAGGGGAGAAACAAGAAUAUGUAAAAUAUAUGGUUCACCUUGUUUGCCUGAAAGUGAAGCAAUGUUUGCCAUCAAUGCAGAUGGAAUUGGAGAUGUUAAGGAAUAAUACUACAUUUGUUUUUUGUAAAUAUAUUUUUUUACAUGGUAUUCAGAGGAGAUGUGAUAUUUUGAUUACUAAAUAACAUUGAAUAAGGAAUAAAGUUAACUUAGUUAAAUAGUUACCAUAUACCAUAUAAGGAAAAGUUAAGUAAAAGAGACAAUUAUAAAUAAUAGUAAUAUUAAUGAUAAUAGGAAUAAUAAUAGUUUAGUUUAUUUG